GAGUGAGCGGUGUGUGCAUUGUAUCAUUGGAUUAGAUUUUUAGUUGUUCUUUUAAAGUUUGUUCAUGAACUCUCUUUCAGGAUUUGUGUAUUUGUUAACAUCUAAAGUACGUAAUUUAAUUUGUGUAACACAAAUAGUGGAUAAGGAGAACACCUGUCAUCAGCCAGUUUUCCAAAGAUACUACCAAUGAGCGCCAAGGACGGUGCUGAAUUGCCUUGGAGACGGAUGCCGUGACUAUCACCGGCAGCGCCCGACGUCGCCGUGAUGACCACAACCCGCCAUUAUGCGUCGGCGGCCAUUUUAAACCGGAUUCGGACGCGUUGCUCGGCUCGCGAUGGCCGUCUGCGCUCACGCAUCCCACCACCCUGCGCACGCGCGCAUUCAAACUCCCCAGCACUAUGAAAUGUGGAAACACGGCAAGUGGCGAAAGAAAACGUCACCACCAAGGACUAACGCGGCCGUCAGAGUGCCCAGAUAGAGACUACAGUGUUAUCCGUAGAGGCCUAAGUGUUACUGUUCUGUGUAAAUAUAGUGGUGUGUAGUUUAAGGAUGGCGGGUGAGACUCGAGGUUCGCGCGCGCCGCUUUUGGAAUGCGGCGAGCACGCGCAUCACAAAACAUCGGCGCCGCGGUGUUGCUUCUGGUUGGCGAGCCACAUCAACGUGAAGAAGUGCGUGUUCGGCAUCAUGCUGCUAUCCGUCCUCACCAGCUUCUUCUAUACGUACUACGUGACAGUGCCAUUCACCAGCUUGGUGUGGCGCGACCGCGUGCCACGUCCACUAUCGCAAUGUUCGCUGCUCGCGUCGCAGCAGCAGGCGGCGCGCGACCACCGCUCGGACGCGCGACUUCGCAUCGACGCGAAGGUGCUGGUCAUCGUCGAGUCAGCAUAUUCAAGACUUGGACGCGACAUCGCCGAGCUCCUUGUCGCCAACCGAAUACGGUACAAGGUGGAAGUAGCAGGCAAGAGCUUGCCCGUCCUUACCACUUUGGACAAGGGGCGCUACGGCGUCAUCGUCUUCGAAUCGCUGUCAAAAUACGCGAACAUGGACAAGUGGAAUAGGGAGCUUCUGGACAAAUACUGCCGGGAGUACUCCGUGGGCGUUGUGGGGUUCGCUACCCCUGGUGAAGAGACUUUGGUCGGCGCACAGCUUAAAGGGUUCCCUCUCUUUAUGCAUACCAACCUUAGGUUGAAGGAUGCCACACUGAAUCCCGCGUCUCCAGUGCUCCGGCUGGCCCGCGCUGGUGAGACCGCGUGGGGAGCCUUACCUGGUGACCACUGGACGGUAUUCCGAGCUAACAGCUCCACGUACGAACCCGUAGCGUGGGCGCUGAGGCAGGACGACUACGCUUCCACUGAAGAGAGAAUACCCCUGGCAACUGUGAUGCAAGACCACGGGCGCUUGGAUGGUGUACAACGAGUACUAUUCGGGUCGGGCUUACAGUUCUGGCUGCAUCGACUGCUGUUCUUGGACGCGUUGAGCUACCUGAGUCAUGGUCAACUCAGCCUCAGUCUCGAGAGGUGGAUACUCGUGGAUAUUGAUGACAUCUUUGUUGGAGAGAGAGGUACUCGUCUUCACGAAGAGGACGUGGCAGCCCUCCUGGCUUCGCAGACGGCGCUGCAACGGCUUGUACCUGGAUUCAAGUUCAACUUGGGCUUCAGCGCCAAGUACUACCACCACGGGACCACGCCCGAGAACAGAGGCGACGACGCGUUGCUCAAGAACAGAGAGCAUUUCACUUGGUUCUGUCACAUGUGGAACCACCAGCAACCUCACCUGUACACGAACGUGUCCCAACUGGAAGCUGAGAUGAUGCUGAACAAGCAAUUCGCCAUCGAACACGGCAUCCCCACCAACUCGUGCUACUCCGUGUCGCCCCACCACUCCGGAGUGUACCCUGUGCACGAGCCGCUGUAUGAAGCCUGGAGGAAGGUGUGGGAUGUCAGGGUUACUAGCACCGAAGAAUACCCCCAUCUUAGACCGGCGAGGUUACGCCGUGGCUUCCGCCACCAUGAUGUGAUGGUGUUGCCCCGGCAGACUUGCGGCCUGUUCACACACACGCUGCUACUGGAGAGGUACCCGGGCGGCAGACAACGGCUCGACCGCUCCAUACAGGGCGGCGAGCUCUUCCAGACUCUCAUCAACAACCCGAUCAACGUGUUCAUGACGCACAUGUCCAACUACGGCAACGACCGGCUGGCCCUGUACACCUUCGAGUCGGUCGUCAAGUUCCUCCGGUGCUGGACCAACGUGCGUCUCGCUUCCGCGCCGCCUCUCACUCUAGCCGACAAAUACUUCCAACUGAGACCUGAUGAGCUGAACCCGCUUUGGGGGAAUCCUUGCGACGACAUCCGCCACCGUCGCAUCUGGUCCAAGAACAAGUGGUGCGGCACUCUGCCGAAGCUGCUGGUGAUCGGGCCUCAGAAGACAGGCAGCACAGCUCUGUACACCUUCCUCGCUAUGCAUCCAGCGCUGGUGCCCAAUUUACCCAGCCCGACCACCUACGAGGAGCUGCAGUUCUUCAACAACAACAACUAUCUCAAAGGACUGGACUGGUACAUGAACUUCUUCCCGCCGAGCCUGGGCAACUCCACUCAGAUGACGUUUGAGAAAUCUGCGACGUACUUUGACGGUGAAUUGGUGCCGCGCCGGGCGCACGCGCUCCUGCCUAAUGCUAAAGUCAUCGCCAUACUUAUAUCGCCAUCUAAAAGGGCGUACUCGUGGUACCAACACAUCCGGUCGCACGGCGACCCGGUGGCCAACAACUACUCUUUCCACACAGUUAUCACAGCCAACGAUUCUGCGCCUAAGCCGCUCAAAGAUCUUAGGAACCGCUGCCUCAACCCGGGCAAGUACAGCCACUACCUGGAGCGGUGGCUGGCUGAGUUCAGUGGUCACCAGCUGCACAUCAUCGACGGGUCCCUGCUCCGCUCCGAACCAUCAUCUGUCAUGAAUUCAUUGCAGAAGUUCCUUAAGAUAACCCCGCACGUAGACUACAACCGGUUGCUCAAGUUUGACGCCAAAAAGGGCUUCUACUGUCAAGCGGUGAGCAGCGAAAAAACUAAAUGUCUCGGCAAGUCCAAAGGUAGAAUAUAUCCACCAAUGAGCGAGCAGACAGCUAAGUUUCUGAAGAAAUAUUACACGCCCCACAACACUGCGUUAUCGAAGUUGUUGGUGCGUCUGGGCCGGCCCGUGCCGCAGUGGCUGAAGGACGAGCUGUCCAACGGAUAGCAUCGCUCGCGGCCGCGCCGGCGCCGGCUGGAACCACGUGAACCCCGCAGCUCACUCGGAGUCUGCCUCAUCACCUUACCUUGACCAGGUCCAAGGAUGGCCAACCCGUAAGUUGUAAACUACGGUCGUAGAUCGUCGCGUUACGCAUUGUUGUUUUUCAAAGUGUUUCGAUGUGAGAGUAUCUUUGUUGAAAAUAUCUUUGUCUAUCGAUCCUUGUAAUAUAAUGUUUUAAAGAGUGAUAUUAUAAAUGACUUAAUGUUCUCGAUCUGUUCGCUCGAGACGAGAGUUGGUUAUCAUUAUAGUUUAAUAUUCCUGUGUAGAGUAGAGGACGCCUCUGCGAUCCAGCGGCGCAGUUGUUUCGAUUUUGCUUGCCUGAUCUUGUUGUUUCGUAGCCAUAUUUUUAUGGGAGGAGUUUACGGCAGCCUUUAUUUAACUGUCGGGUUAGGUGCUAUUUGUUAGAAUACUGCAUAUGAACUCAUUUUACCUUUGUGUUCGGUUAUGUAGAUUGUAAAACAGUCGCGUGGAGUUAUUCUGCAAAUCACGUGUAACCGAAUGUAUUGUAUCGAUUUCAUGCCAUAAAUGAAUGUUAUUAUUUUACAUACGCUCCAAAGCUCGACAUCAAUUACACAAUUUAACCGAAUAAUCGGACCACGCUUAUUUUACACUUAUUAUGUCAUUUUUAUAAUGUAAGUACCUGAUGCAAUUUUUAAAGUAAUUUAUUUUGUAUGUUUCGAAUAUUUUUGAGCUAAAUAUAAUUUCAACCAUGUCUAUGUCUAUCGUGCCAUAAACUUGAAUGCUAACGGCACUAACACAAGUAUUUUUAUAUUUUCUAUUUAAGUACUUAUUUCAAUGAAAAUGUAUGUCGACAAUAGAACAAAGAGCUAGUCUUUUUAUAAUUUUAGUUUGAUCGUACUAGCAGGCGCAGUGAGCGAGUCCUGACAUUCAGUAAAAGUACACAGUAAACACAUCAUUUUGUUACCGUUUUAGUCUUAAGAAUUUUAAUAUACAUAUUUAAAAUGUGGCGUUAUAUUUUAAAUAAAUGAUAUCAAUGGUGACACAAUGAAUGAAUCAUAAAAUGUAUUUGGUAUAUAUUUUGAUAUGGAUGAAUUUAUUGGCGAUGGAAUACGGGGGAGGAGAGUAAUCGAGAUCAAUUCAAUAAUAUUCUUAUUUUUUGUUUUAAUAGAUGUCAGUACUUAAAACUGUAUAAAGUUCGUUUUCUCCCAAGAAUAGAACGGUACAGAAAAUCAUAUUACGAAAUUUAUAUCUAAAUAUAGGAUUAAUGUGUUUUAUGGUACGUAUUAUUGCCGCAAUAUUUUUAUUUAAGUUUGUUUUAAUAAGCUUAAUUUUAUCUAACGUGUAAGGCGGUUUAAUAAUUUUGUAAAUCAGAAUACCACGUUUUGUAUCGGUCAGUAAAAGGAAUUGUUCAUAAAAUAUGUUUUUGCAUGUUGCGAACAUGCCGAGCGCAUAUCAAGGGCAGUUUAUGUUCCUAAGGGGCGGUUGUGUUUAAUGUGGCAAUAACUUAACCUUACGUUUUACUCGAGCAACUGUAAACCAGUAGGAAAUUAUAUUUAUCAUUCAGUUGAACAGUAGUUAUUUUUACAAUUAUUUAUAAAUAUUUUUUAUUAUCACAGCCAAUGAUGACUGCUCUUAAGAUGUGUUCUUUAUAAGAAAUUAAAACAUUACUUAUUUUAUUAAAUGAUUUAAAAGGA